AUGCCACCAAGGAGACGCAACAGCAAGCAUGCAAGUUCUAUGAAAGAAACUAUGUUGGUUUCAAAAGAUAUGACAAUCCUCUCUAAGAAGUAUGAUCAAUUAAAUAAAGUCACUGGAGCAAUAUUAACUAGAAAUUUUGCCCCAUUAAUAUCGCCACCAACGGGAAUGGCUACUUGCGAUUACUUGAUUGUUAGCGCAUUAGAUUAUCUUGAAAGAGCGGAAAAAUUGUAUCGGGUUUGUUCAUUAUUUUGUCCAUCUGAGACAUGUCCUAUGUUCAAUGCUGGACCUCAUUAUCAUUACUUCUGGGAAGAUGAGAGUACAUCAGACCCAGUACAGGUUUCUGCGCCUGAGUAUGUUCUUCAAUUAUCAAAUUGGGCAAAGCGAAAACUUGCAAAUAAGAAUUUAUUCCCAUUAACUGAAGGUAAGGAGCUUUCUCAGGAUGCGGUUUCUAUAUUACAAAUAAUUUUUAGAAGAACGACAAGAAUAUUCAACCAUUUGUACAUGUGCCACUUCUCUGCAAUCAGGAAGAAUAAUAUUGAGCCUGUAAUUAAUACAUUGUUAGCUCAAUAUGUCCUACUUGCAUUCAAAUAUCAAAUGAUAGAAGUCCGUGAUAUUGAAAUGCUAAAGCCGGUAUUUGCUGCUAUGAGGAUACCAAUUCCAGAUGCAUAG